AUGGAAUGGGAGGGUCAUCCUGAAACGGUAGCAUUGCAUCUGCCAUAUAUUAUUGGAUUUGAUCCGCUGUUUAUCGAGAUACAUGACGUUGAAACGGGGAAGUUAUUGCAAGUAAUACCGGGAAAGAACAUGCGAUGUUUGAACGAUAAUUCUUCGGGAAAGCACGCAAUACAUGCUGUUAUGCAACACCCAUAUUAUGACGCACAAUACAUAUUCCAAUUAGUAGCGGCUGAUAUCAGAAGGCAUGAUAGUUAUAGAUCCUCUC